UAGUUCCCCUCUGUUCUUCGUUGGUGUUCGUCCGCUGGGUUUCCCUCUUUGAACGAGGUCCGUUCGGUUUUUUGUUUUGUAAAUUAAAGCUUUGAAUUCCAACGUUUUCGCCGUUUCUGGUCCUCAAACCAAGGAUGAUUGAGCCCAAGAAAAGAGCGGCGGACAUGGCGGUGGUUCCUGCCGCCGUGAAACGACCCCGGACAGAGCUGGUGGCGGCGGCUCAGUCUCAGCAACUCGUGGCGAUGGGGCCCCCGCGAAGCUCCAGCCUGCAGGCUCCCAUCAUGCUGAUGUCUGGCCACGAGGGCGAGGUCUACUGCUGCAAGUUUCAUCCCAACGGAGCCACGCUGGCCUCCUCAGGAUUUGACAGGCUCAUAUUGAUGUGGAACGUGUAUGGAGAUUGUGACAAUUAUGCCACUCUGAAGGGCCACAGUGGAGCGGUAAUGGAGCUGCACUACAACACAGAUGGCAGCAUGCUCUUUUCAGCGAGCACAGACAAGACUGUGGGUGUGUGGGACAGCGAAACAGGCGAAAGGAUGAAGCGUCUGAAAGGCCACACCUCCUUCGUGAACACCUGCUACCCAGCCCGCAGAGGGCCCCAGCUGGUCUGCACCGGCAGCGAUGACGGGACUGUCAAGCUGUGGGACAUUCGGAAGAAGGGAGCCAUCCACACUUUCCAGAACACCUAUCAGGUGCUGGCCGUCACCUUCAACGACACAAGUGAUCAGAUCCUGUCAGGAGGCAUUGACAACGACAUCAAGGUGUGGGACCUUAGGCAGAAUAAGCUGAUCUACAACAUGCACGGCCACGGUGACUCAGUAACUGGACUUGCACUGAGCUCUGAGGGAUCAUACCUUCUCUCAAACUCCAUGGACAACACAGUGCGAAUUUGGGAUGUUCGACCAUUUGCGCCCAAGGAGAGAUGUGUGAAGAUUUUCCAGGGCAAUGUUCACAAUUUUGAGAAGAAUUUGCUGAGGUGCUCCUGGUCUACUGAUGGCAGUAAGAUAGCGGCAGGAUCAGCUGACAGAUUUGUGUAUGUUUGGGACACCACAUCACGUAGGAUCCUGUACAAGCUGCCGGGCCACGCCGGCUCCGUCAAUGAAGUGGCCUUCCACCCGGAGGAGCCUGUCGUGCUGUCUGGCUCCAGUGAUAAACGACUCUACAUGGGAGAAAUUCAGUAGGAUGUUUAUGUGUGGAAACAUGGAUGAGUGUGUGCGUGCGUGCGUGUGUGAACAUCCCAUUGUGGUCGUAGAUGGGUGGUGAUCGGUCAAGUCACUGCAAUUACAUUUGCUUCAGUUUGUCUCGGAACAACCUCAGGAUGUGUGUUCAAAGUUUAUUACACUCAGUCACAACAAUCUCGAGCUUUUUUUAAUCUUGAUUUGUUUCUUUUUAAUAAACUUCCGUAUUCUGUAAAAAAAAA